GCCAAAUAACUAUAAACAGUAAAAAUAAGCUAGCUUCCUAACAAUUAUUGUAGAAAUUGAUUGAAAUACAUCAUAUCUUAUUUGCUUGGUUUACUAUUUCUAUGAAAUUUUAAAUAUUAGAAAAAAAAUGAAGUUUGCGAUACCAGAAAUCUCCUGGCAUAAUCGUGAUCCAGUUCUAAGCGUAGAUUUUCAGCCCAAAGCGGAACCGAAUGACCCGUUACGACUCGCCAGCGGUGGAACAGAUUCACACGUUUUGAUUUGGUAUUUAUCAACUACGGAGACGGGUUCAGUUCAUCUUGAAGUAGCAGCUGAUUUAACAAGGCAUCAGAAAGCUGUGAAUGUAGUGAGAUGGUCACCUAAUGGACAGUUAUUGGCUUCUGGGGAUGAUGAGUCCAUCAUAUUCAUUUGGAAGCAGAAACUGGAAGAACUUUCUCCGGCAACUGAGGGUGAGGAGCAAUAUAAAGAAACUUGGGUUGUUUAUAAGACUCUUCGAGGGCACAUGGAAGAUGUCCUUGACAUAUCCUGGAGUAUGGACGGCUUACAGUUGGCUUCUGGCUCAGUAGAUAACAAAUUAAUUGUUUGGGACAUACACAGAGCUCGUUACACCACUAUACUUAGUGACCACAAAGGGUUUGUGCAAGGUGUCUGUUGGGAUCCUAAAGGACAGUAUAUAACAUCUACGAGUACAGACAGAGUGUUUCGAGCAUUUGAUGUAUCUACCAAGAAGGUUGUAUCAAGAAGCAGCAAAGCAUCUCUCCCGUUCCCCACUGACCAUCCUCUCCACGGCUCCAGACAACGGCUAUACCAUGAUGACACACUCCAAACAUAUUACCGACGACUGCAGUUCAGCCCAGACGGCCUAUACAUUGCAGUUCCAGCAGGGAGAGUGGAGCCAGAGGGAAAACCUGAUGUAAAACCAAUCAAUGCCGUGUAUAUAUAUACGAGAUAUUGUUUGAAAAUCCCAGUGUGUGUGGUACCAUGCGGCGAACCAGCUCUGGUGACCCGCUGGUCGCCGAUAGGGUUCCGCCCCCGCGCCGCCGGGCCCGCGCCUCGCCUGCCGUCCCCGAGCGGAGCCCGGCACGUGCUGGCCGUGGGGACCAGGCGCUCCGUGUUGGUGUACGACACACAACAGAAGACUCCCAUAGCCAUAGUUGCCAAUGUACAUUACACUAGAUUAACAGAUCUAUCAUGGUCCAACAAUGGUCGUAUACUGGUGGCCUCCAGCACUGACGGCUUCUGCUCCAUUAUCACAUUCAACAAUGAGGAACUCGGCGAGCCACUUCCUCUAGAACCAAACACUGAGAAUAAACCAGAACCAAUGGAAACGCAAGACGAAAAGCCUGCAGCUCAAACAGAAGCGCCGAAACCGACAAAAAUAGAUUCGUUCAUAAAAUUCAAAGCGCCAGAAAAAUCGCCUAAAAAUUUAAAAACACAAACAGAAAUCAAAACGCCCGUCAAAAUAGACUUUUUAGAGGAAGUCGCCAACCCCUCGUGGUCCGAUAACAGUAACAACGAAAUUAUAAAACAUCGAGCGAGCGAACCGAUGGACUCCGACGUGACGGUCAUAGAAGACAGCGGCGAUAUCAAACUGGUUUACGAGGAAACUGAAGGUGUCAAGUCGCCGCCUAAAACGCAACAAGCCAACAAACUGGAAACUAAAAGUAAACAAAACACUUCGCCCAAAGACAAUCAGUUCUUUAGACAGGCCAAGGUGACAGAUGUCAAACAGCCAAUAGCGGCAACAGUGUCCAGUCCUAAAGCGCCUCGGAGGGUCAGCUUCGUAACUUUGUCAAGUCCUAAAAACGCUAAAAAGAAAUAAUAGUUGUUUAUGAUAAGUUUUAGAUUAUAUUUUUAAUGUGUAAAUAAAUAAAUAUUA